UGCGGGGGCUGCAGUGCCCACGCCGGGCUGGACCUGUGGCCACAGUGCCCUGGCAGCCAGCGUGCAGGAGCAGUGACCCCUGGGUGGCAUUGCGCAGCGUCCAAGGGCUCGUGCUCCCCUAGCACCAGCCCCUGCAGGCCCAAAUAUAUUUAGACAAGUGCCCAGACCAAAAAUAGAGGGAAAAAGAUUCCCCACUGGCUGUUUCAUCUGCCAGUCACAAUGCAAACCAAUGUGGCAGGCGGCUGCCUCAUGCCCCAAUAACCGGGCACCCGCGGUCGGGUGGACGGACAGACGGAGCCGGGUCCGCACCCCGCCGAGGAGCUGGGGACCAGCUGGGAAGGGACCUUGCAGCACCCCGCACUGCCCUGCCGAGGGGAGCCGACAGCGUGGGAGCAGCGGGCUCCGUCCCACGCGCCCGCUGACGGUGAGGGGUCCCCGUGCAGGACCACCACCACGCCAUCCCCCGGGGUGCUCCCAGCACGGCCGGGCUGCUUUCUGCCGGCGGGCUUUGCUCCUGCUGCCCUCCCCACUGUAGGUUAGAGGGUCCCGUGGGAUGCAGGGUGGGGACACUCCAGGGACAGCCCCAGGUUGGGUCCCUGCAUGUCCACCUGGCCGGGGGACAGGGUGGUGGUUUGGCAGGUUGUGGGGUGGCCGUGUCUGGAGGGCGGCUGUCUUGCAGGGCACUGCGGUGUGUGCCAUGGGGGACUGGAGCCUGCUGGGGCGGCUGCUGGAGAGCGCGCAAGAGCACUCCACAGUGGUGGGGAAGGUCUGGCUCACCGUCCUCUUCGUCUUCCGCAUCCUGGUCCUGGGGGCAGCUGCUGAGCGGGUCUGGGGUGACGAGCUUUCUGGCUUCUCCUGUGACACGCAGCAGCCCGGCUGCCAGAAUGCCUGCUACGACAGCACCUUCCCCAUCUCCCACCUCCGCUUCUGGGUCCUGCAGAUCAUCUUCGUCUCCACCCCCAGCCUCGUGUACCUGGGCCACAUCCUGCACCUGGUCCAUCUGGAGGAGAAGGCACAGCAGCAAGCAGUGGCACAGGCUGGCAGCGGGGCCAGGCGGCAGCGCUCCAGGCAGCCUCGGCUCUCCACGGGGGACACACGGGGACGGGUCUGCAUGCGGGGGGCCAUCCUGAGGACGUACAUCUGCAAUGUUGUCUUCAAGGCUCUCUUGGAAGUGGGCUUCAUUGUGGGUCAGUAUGCCUUGUACGGGUUCCAGCUGAAGCCCCUCUACACCUGCAGCCGCUGGCCCUGCCCCAACACUGUCAACUGCUACAUCUCCCGGCCCACUGAGAAGACCAUCUUCAUCCUCUUCAUGCUGGGGGUGGCCUGUGUGUCCCUGCUGCUCAACCUGGUGGAGAUUUACCACCUGGGCCUCACCAAGUGCCGGCAGGGGCCAGGCCCCAAGUCCCGCAUCCUGCCCAGUCCUGGCGGCCCCGCAGGGCCCCGCAGCACCCUGCCCAGCAGCGGCAGCCCCGUGGCUGCUAGCAGACCCCUCCACGGGCUGGCGCCCCUGGGAAAGGCAGGUGCAUGGCUGGGGGUGGCCAGCGGGUCCCACGGGAAGGCACGAGCAGCAGACCUGGCAGUGUAAAUGGGGCCUGCUGGGAUGCUCGGGUGACCAUGGUGGUGGUUCUGUCUCCAGGACCCGCCGGGCUCGUGGCACGGACCCCACAGCCAGAGCAAGAGAUUGUCCUCAGGGACACAGCUCAGCCGCUCCUCGUGCUUGUGGGAACAGCGGGGCUGAGAGUAGGGCUGGGCUGGGGCAGGAGCCCAUCAGCCCUUGGGGAGCAAAUAAACACCCACUGCACCUCA